AUGGCGAGCUACCCACACACCUCGUUGACCGUCGAGCGGCUCAAGGCCCUCGACGCGAGCCAGUGGCGCCAAGCCCGCUCCAUCGUCGCCGACUUUGUCGACGCACACAUGGAGUGCGGGCUGAGCGCGCGUGUCGAGUACGACCUCGACCUGCUCCAAGCGGAAGUCAUGGCCAAGGUGCCCCUGCACGCCGACUGCGUCGAAGCAGGACGAGAACACUACGCGCGCUUCUCCCCCCGCGCAAGCUCAGACUCGGAGGCGUCCUUUUCGUCCUGGACGUCGAGUGCGCCGUCAUCGCCCUCCUCGCCCUCCCUCCCUGCGCCUCCUAGGCCAAUGCGCGCGGUGCUGAGGCCAUGCUGUACGUGCGCGCCGAGCCCGCCGAGCAGACCAGCGGCCAACACGCAUAUCCGCGCCGGGAGCCGCUCCUCGGCCGCCGUGCUCUCCCAGCCGCCCCUCUCGCCAACGGGCACGGCGCACGCGCGCGCGCUGGCCGCGAAGGCUUCGCCCGCCGUCGAGCGCGUCGAGGCGCUGCACGCCGCGGACGUGUCCGCGCUCAACUUGCGCUUGGCGGCGAGCGAGGAGGCGAAUCGCAGCUUGAGGGCACAGCUCGCCGAGCUGCAGGGUGCCGUCGCGCGCGCUCAGCUGCGCGCAGACAAGAGCGAGCGCGAGCGCGCCGAGCUCGAGGGCGUGAUUCGGCGCCAGAGGGCCGGCACGCCGACGCCGCUCCACCUGCGCCUCGCCCUCCUCACCCUCCUCGCCCUCUGCGGUACCACCCUCGCUGCACCCAAGACGUACGGCCCGUACCCCAUAAUCCCAGCCAAAGGGGCCAACUGCCGGCACGGCGGUAACCUCUUCUUCCCAGUAAAGAAGACGUACAAGCAGGGCGAGAAGGUACGCCUCGUGUGCCAGACCCUCUCGACCGACGCCGUGAACGGCAACAACAUCUGGGACUACACGACCGACGGGUGCUGGGUGAGCGAUGCGCUCGUGCGCACUGGGACGACCAAGUUUGUCGCGCCUGAUUGCCAGCCGUACGACUAG